GGCGCGGAGGUGGCGAAGGAGGCCUUACCGCCAUGGAUAUCCUGAAGCGGGAGAUCAGCCGCAAGCGACAGCAGCUGGAAGACAAGGAGCUGGUGGGGGUGAGGCGGGCGGGAGCGGCUCGGAGGACUCGGGGUGGGCGGUGGGGCCGUGGGGACACCGCGGCCUUGUGGACACCGCGGCCUUGGGAACACCGCACUUGAUGUCGAGGCCUUGCAGCGUCUUUAGGGUUAUUUCGGGGUCGGAAGUAAGGCUCAAGCUGGGUAUUAGGAAGAGGUUCCUCACCAAAGGGUGUCGGGCCCUGACACAGGCUUUGCAGGGCAGUGAAUCCGAGGUUCUGGAGUUCAGGAAGCGUUUGGAGAUCGCCCUCAGACGUAAGGUUUGACUUUAGGCUGCUGCUGUGUGGAGCCAGGAGUUGGACUCGGUGAUCCCUGUGGUCUCUUCCAUCUCGAGAUAUUCUGUGAUUCUGUGACUGUGCCCGUUUUGAUGAAGGGUCUGCGAUUCUCUUCCCUCACUACUUACAGGGGAAUAAGAAAUACUUCAAACGCAGUGAGUUAGCUAAAAAAGAAGAGGAGGCCUACUUCCAGAGAUGUGGCUACAAGGUGCAGCAGCAAGAAGAGGAGGAGAACCCUCUGACUUCAACGAAUCCAGUGCUGGAACUUGAACUGGCAGAAGAAAAAUUACCAAUGACUCUUUCCAGACAAGAGGUUAUCAGGAGGUUACGGGAGAGAGGUGAGCCGGUCAGACUGUUUGGAGAAACAGAUUAUGAUGCAUUUCAGCGUCUGAGGAAGAUAGAAAUUUUGGCACCUGAAGUGAACAAGGGCCUGAGGAAUGACCUGAAGGCUGCUUUGGAUAAGAUUGAUCAGCAAUACUUGAAUGAAAUUGUAGGUGGCCAAGAAGCAGGAGAUGAUGACUCACAGAAUGACUUGAAAGUCCACGAGGAGAAUACUACUAUUGAAGAACUGGAGGCUUUGGGAGAGUCCUUAGGACGGGGUGAUGAUCACUAUGACAUGGAUAUUAUCACAAAAUUCUUGAAGUUUCUUCUUGGAGUUUGGGCGAAGGAGCUGAAUGCCAGAGAGGACUAUGUGAAGCGGGGAGUGCAGGGAAAGCUGAACAGUGCCACUCAGAAGCAGACAGAGUCCUACCUGAGGCCGCUCUUCAGAAAGCUUCGGAAAAGGACACUUCCUGCAGACAUCAAAGAAUCAAUAACAGAUAUUAUUAAAUUCAUGUUGCAAAGAGAAUAUGUGAAGGCGAACGAUGCCUAUCUCCAGAUGGCUAUUGGGAACGCGCCGUGGCCCAUUGGUGUCACUAUGGUUGGCAUCCACGCUCGAACGGGUCGUGAAAAGAUUUUCUCCAAGCACGUCGCCCACGUUCUCAAUGAUGAAACUCAAAGGAAGUACAUUCAGGGGCUGAAGAGGCUGAUGACCAUUUGCCAGAAGCACUUCCCGACAGACCCAUCAAAAUGUGUGGAGUACAAUGCUUUGUAAGGCUCUGAGUGACCAAGCGGGCCUCACGUUUUGAUCUCCAGGACUCAGAGAGCACUGAAGAGAUGGAGCAGUUUGUGCUUUACACCGACAGAAACUGUGGGUGGGCUUUGCAAGAAAGCAUAAAGCAGGAUUCUCUACGGCUUCCUUUAAACAAGCCCCACUUGGGUAGAUUUCUUUUUAAAUCUAUGCUUUACACUGAACAGAUCCCGUCUUCAGCACAGGGCUUUGUAAGGGUGGGAUGGCCAUGACCAGAGGCCGCUGACUGUGACCCUCACUUCUACUUCAGUUUACUGUUCACAACGCUGUGCAGUCUGAUCUGAACCUCUCUGUUCUAUCUCGGAGCUGUAGGUGAGACUCAGCCCUGUGCAGAGGGCACGUGGAGUUUGUUGGCCACUUUUCCACUGGAGGCUGAUGUGGGAAAAUGAUUGGAGGGGAAGCAGUCCAUUUUCCAUCUUGUUAUUUCUGUAAAUAGGAAGGUUUGAAUGGCAAAUCUUUCUUGUGGUAUUUAUCGGGGAAGAAGAAGUUUAUAUAUUUCUGAGCUGAAAAAUACAUCCAGUUUCAGUGGAAAGAGUUUUUGCUCUUCAGUACAACUGAUUUGACUUUUUUUUGUUGUUGUUUUAUAAUGACAUUUUUAAUAUAAACCUCCUGGUCUUGGGGGAGGUAACCUUAUGGCUCCUGGGGCUUCCAAAUCCCAUUUUUAUACAUCUGGAGACAAUUCCAGUCUGCCGGGCCUUGCAGAGAACAUAAUUAGGACCUCCCAUGACCAGGUACAGCCUUUGUGGCAGCCACAGAUCCGUUCUGUUGAUGUUGAAUUUCUUCUUGAGCUGUUGGUGCCCUCGUGUGCAGGGGUUUAGAUCAGGUGUGCACAGCGAGGUACGAUGCUGGGGCUGUGCUGGCUUGGCUUACCUCAGGGAGCUUCCCCAGGUUCCUCUGGAGGCUCCGCGUUCUGAAGGGCUGCUUUGGACUUCCAGGUCCUUCAGUGUGGUGCUUCUGACCCCAACAAAAAUGUCAAGAGCUGAAACAGUUUAGAAGUAAUAAAAAUGAGGCUGACGAGA